CAUGUCAUCAACUGUCAAAUUGAAAUUUCGUUAGUAUUUAUUUUAAUUUAUCGGAAAAAUUUUCUUGUGGAACAUUUUAACAUGAAUUAGUAAUUAUUCGGCGGAGCAAAAGAAAUAUGGGAAGUCGACAAAGUAUCAACAAACGCGAAAACGGCGAUUCGAUUUCAAAUGGUUCCAAUGAAUUUCACAUCCCCCGGGAUAUUUCCCGGGUAAUUUCCAAAUUCGUCUUCGCCUUCUUCGACGGUUAUUUCUACCCGUGCAUGGUCAUGCGAGCGAUGUCGGACGGCUACAUGGUGUACUUCUUCUACCUGAAGGAGGAGCGGCGGAUACCGGGCCACAUAGUCAUUGGCAACCUGUGGUAUUUGAUCAACAGCGAGGUGUCGUUUACCGAUCACAAUGGUAACAUCGCGACCGGAAGGGUGGUCGGGACCGAUUUCAAAUCGACUGACAUCGAUCACGAGCAGCCGAUGAACUUCUACAUCUACAGCAACGACGUUUGUAAGACUGUUUCGUUUCCGUACAUAUUUUUGUCUCCGCAGCAGGCGAGAUUAUUAGUUGGAUAAUGUUGCUGGUUUCUGACCAAAAAAAUCGUCAAAUUGUGGUGUUUGAAGCGAAAAGCGAAAAUUGUGUUUUUUUUUAUUAUUAAAUUUGCCGAACGGUUGUUUGGGUUUCUGCAUAUGUGAGGCGUUGAAAGUAGUUUUUAAUUAACGAAAAUGUAGAUCAUUUAAACAUCGAUUAGCUGCUGGUAGUAUAUCCAAGCUUUUUUUAAGAGUAAACUUACAGAAAGAAUUAUUUGAGCAUUUUGACAUUGUUGACUGGUGAGCAUUUUAAUUUGUCGACGUCGAAGGAAACACGAAGAUCCAUAAAAUAAAUAUACAGGGUACUCUUAAAAAUGUGCGCAAAAUUGUUGAGCAUUGAGCAUAAAAUUUCUUGAAAAUACCACAUUUCGACAUUGUUUCAAAAAAAAUUAUAGACGUUUAGUAGAGUUGAGAAGUUACCAAUAGAAGUAAAAUGAGAAGUAAAAUUGCAAUUAAAAAAUUAAUAAACAAUCGUUUAUUUUCAUACACACUCAAAGCGAAUUAAAUUAAUAGGGAUAUUUUCUGUUCUCUAAAAUAAUCCAUA